AUGGGAUGGAUUGAGUCUAUGUUUGAGCAAAUGAUGAAGAAGAACGCCGACUCUGAUGCCGAACUGGCAUCCCAUAAUACUUCUAUCCGCAAUCUAGAGGUCCAACUUGGUCAGAUUUCGCAAGCUUUGAACACUCGCCCUAAGAAGGCACUACCUAGUGACAUGGUAGUAAACCCGAAGGGUGGUAACAAUACCGGCCAUGCAAUGGCUGUGACCACAAGGAGUGGUAGAGGUGGUGAAGCAAGUACCUCCAAGCAAAAGGAAGUUGUAAGUGAUGACGUUGAAGUGCAAAAUGAAGAUGAUCCUAUAAUUAUUGAGCAAGUGAGUGAAGAGAAGUUGGAUGGUGAGGCGAGAAUUGAUAUUCAUGACAAUGAGAAGGAGACUCGAAAUGAUGUGAACCCGUCUAGGGAACACGUGAUAGACAUACCGGAAACAGUAAUGCCUAAUGUCAAGGCCCCUUUGCCAAGGCCUUCUCCACCUUACCCUCAAAAACUUGCAAAGCAGAAGAAUGAAAACCAACUCAAGAAGUUUAUUGAGAUGAUGAAACGUUUGUCGAUCAAUAUACCCUUGACCAUCAAAAUGAGUCAUCAAAUGAGUGCCAUUGUGAACUCGAUGGCAACAAAGCUUGAAAAUCCCAAUGCAUAUUCCAUUCCAUGUACCAUUGGGAGUGCGGGUUUUGCAAAGGCCUUGUGUGAUUUGGGAGCAAGUAUAAAUUUGAUGCCUUACUCCGUAUUCAAAACGUUGGGUAUUGGUCAACUGAGAGCUACUUCAAUGAGAUUGCAAAUGGCGGAUAGAAUAAUGAAGAGGCUGUUUGGUAUUAUUGAUGAUGUUAUUGUCCGAGUUGACAAGUUUAUUUUGCCUACGGAUUUUAUGAUUCUCGACUGUGAAGUCAACUAUGAGGUGCCAAUAAUAUUGGGAAGGCCUUUCCUUGCAACAGGGAAGGCAUUGGUUGAUGUGGAAGCAGGAGAACGUAGUUUGACCUUACCAAUGAUCCCUGGUAAAGCUAAGUUUAUUUUAUUUAUGACUGAUUAUUUUUCUAAGUAG